AUGAAGAACAAGAAGAACAACAACGUGAGGUGGGAGACUACAACCCAUCUGACGUCGCAAAGAUGUCAAGCCACCCAAUCGCUCAAAAAGACCAUCUACGGCAAAUCAAACAUAAUCCACUACAAACUUGCCGAAGAAGGACUCAAGUUCACUGAUGAGGAGUUUGCUCAACUCAAGUGUUUGCUUCGUGACGGUAAACCUCGUGCUAAUUUCACAGGUAAAAUACCCUCUUUUUGUGCCAUCAUUGUCUCAUCAUCCACCAAGCCUUGGAUACUUGAUAGUGGAGCCAUCGAUCACAUUGUACCUCCUUCCGGGCUGUCUAUUACCACUCAUCUCAACUCCACUGUUGAUCUUCUUGAUGGUUCUCACACCAAAAUUAGUGGCCUUGGUUCUUCCUCUCUUGGUCCUAAUUUAUUUGUUGAUGGAGUUGUUUGGGUGCCUUCCUUUCAUGUUAAUUUACUUUCUGUUAGCAAACUUACAUCUCACCUCAACCGUUCCAUUCACUUCUUUGCUACCUUUUGUGUUUUACACAAUCUGGCUUCGAAAAGGAAGAUUGGCCUGGGGAAACAAGUUAAUGGACUCUAUUACUUGAUCAUGAAAAAGAACGUCACCGCUCCAUCAUCCACAUCCAAUGCAAGGACAUGUCACCUCAACCACACCUCCCUAAGAAAACUCGUUUGCCCUUUUCUUCAAGUUCAAUAA